AUGUCCGACGAAUGGUCGCCCUCGCCAACAUUCAGCAUCCCAACGGAUCGCUUACACAUCUCAUACUUCCAAGUGGACAACCCCGAACAUAGCGAUUUCCUAGUCCGUCUCUGGAACACGGACGAUUUUAUCAAAUCGGAAGGCAACACAGGCCUUGAUACCCUCGAAAAAGCAGCUGCUUUCAUCAAAAAUAGGGUCCAUAAUGACUAUCUAAGAAACAAGCAUGGCCAAUUCCUGGUAUCCCUGAAACCGCAUCCAGACGCAUCUCUGGCGGAGAGCAGGUUGAUCGGGGUGGUCUCCUUGAUGAAGGGCGAGCAACCGAAUGCUUACUAUGCGCCGGAUAUUGGCUAUACUAUUCUGCCCGAAGAAAGUGGUAAAGGAUAUGCAACAGAAGCCAGUAUUGGGUUAUUGGAUUAUGCGCGUCGGGAGCUUGGGAUCAACGACGUUUUCGGGUUCUGUGGGCAUAAUGAUGCACGUAGCGCUCGUGUGUUGCAGAAGAUUGGGUUGCAAUUCAGAGGAAAUAGAAAGCUGAGCUUUUUUGGUGGUGCGCAUAGUGCUGUCUAUGCUUGGCCUCACAUGAGUCAGGAUUUGACGGUGUACGGGAUAGAUGACUGA